AUGGGCAAGAACAACAAGAAGACCAAGAAGUCUAACAGCGCGUCUGCCAGCGUUUCAAACAGCGGUGCUGCUACGCCUUCCUCCGAGCCCAUGACGCCCGUCACUCCCCCUACCCCCGACGUCGCUUCGGUCCCCACCACUGACAGCAAGCCGGAGGCCACCGCCGACACCGUGGAGGCCCCCGUCGCCGCCGAGACCAUCAGCAUUCCCACACCUGUCCGCUCCCCUUCCCCCGGCGCCGACGACGUCGCUCGUGCUCUGAUCAAGAACCUCCAGGCGACUGUUGCUGCCAAGACGGCCGAGUCGGAAGAGGCCGCUGUCGCGCUGGCAAAGCACGAGGAGACGGCCACGGGCCUUCGCGCUCAGAUCACCGAGCUCGAGGCCCAGGUUGCAGCCGCUACUGCUUCUGCUUCUGCGCAGGAAGCCUCCAUCACCGAGCUCAAGGCUGGUGCGGACACCGCUGCCGCCUCCCACUCGGAGACGGCUGCUCAGCUCCAGCAGGAGUUGGAGACUGCGCGCAACUCGGCCCAGGAGACUCAGGCUCAGGCUGACAAGCACGCCGCCGAUGUUGAGGACCUGAAGAAGCAGCUCGUCGAGGUCGAGGGCAAGAUUGCCGUCGCCACUGAGGAGGCUGCGUCGCUCCAGGCCAAGGUGACCGCCAGCGAGGAGGCCGCCGACAAGCUGCGCAGUGAGCUCGAGGAAAAGUCCAAGAGCCUGCAGGACAAGGCCGACGAGCUUGCUUCGCAGCAGAAGGCGACCGAGGACAUUAAGCAGAGCGCUCUUGACAAGGAGGCCGCAUACGAGACUCAGAUCAAGGAGCUCACCGCCGCCCGCGACCAGCACCAGACCGAUGCCCAGACCGCCCGUGACGCCCUGUCGUCGGCACAGGAGCAGCACUCGACCGCCUCUGCUUCGCUUGCCACCGCCGAGGCUAACCUCGCUGCCCAGCUUGCCGAGCACGAGGCCGCCAUCAGCAAGGUCACCGAGGAGCGCGCUGCCCUUGUUCAGGACCACCAGGCUGCCAUCACUGCGUCUGAGGAGCUCCUGGCCCAGAAGCAGAAGGAGCACCAGCAGGCCGCCGAUGAGCUCAAGGCGUCGCUCGCCACUGCCACUGCCGCUCACUCUGAGGCGACCAGCAAGCUCCAGUCGGAGCUUGACAGCGCUCGCCAGUCGAACGAGGAGCUCAAGGCCAGCCACGAGGCUGCGUUUUCCACUGCCAACCAGGCCACUGAGGAGCUCAAGUCGGAGCUGGAGGGCGCUCGCAAGUCUGCCGACGAGCUCAAGGCUAGCCACGAGUCGUCCCAGCAGCAGCUUGUCGACAAGGAGCAGGCCCACGCUGCUGCCCUUUCGCAGAAGGAGGAGGCCCACGCCACCGCCUUGUCCGAGAAGGAGGCUGGUCACGCGACCGCCAUUACUGAGAAGGACGAGGCCCAUGCUCGCGUCGUCGACGAGCACCUGUCCACCAUCAGCACCCGUGACGAGUCCAUCAUCAGCCUGAACGCUUCUAUCGCCACCCUCGAGGCCUCCGUCACCGACCUGAAGGCCCUCGUCGCGACCCACGAGUCGACCAUCAGCACCCGCGACGGCGAGAUUUCGGUCCUCAAGCAAACCAUUAGCGACAACGAGGAGCGCAUCACUCAGCUUUCCGCCGACCUCGAGGCCCGUGCCGGCGACGUCUCGGCUCGCGAUGCCGAGGUUGCCUCUAUCAAGGAGUCUACCAGCGAGGCCGAGGAGAAGCUCGCCGCGGCCACGGCCGACCUUGCUGCUCGUGACGAGUCGCUUUCGCAGAUCAAGGCUGAGGUGGCCGCCCACGAGGGCACCAUCGAGUCGCUCAAGAGCGAGCUCGCCGACAGCCUCAAGGCCAAGGACGUCGAGAUUGCCGAGGCUGCUGCUGCCGCUGCUGUUGCUCUCGCCGCCGCUGUUGCUGCUGGUGAGGCGAGCACCAAGAGCAAGGAGGAGGAGCUUGUCCAGGCCCGCGAGGCCAGUGACAAGGUUUUGGCCGACCUUGCCGCCCGUGUUGCCGAGGUCGAGCAGCUCAGGAGAAAGGUUGCCACCAGCGCUGCCACUGUUCAGGGCAAGGAGACCGAGAUCAACGAGAUCAAGGCCUCGCUCGCUUCUGCCACUGAGGCUGCCGAGGCCAGCGUCAAGAGCAAGGACGUCGAGAUUGCUGGGGCCGCUGCCGCCGCCGCUGUUGCCCUCGCAGCAGCUGUUGCUGCCGGCGAGGCCAGCACCAAGAGCAAGGAGGAGGAGCUUGCUCAGGUCAAGGCCGAGCUCGCUUCUGCUCUCGAGUCGGGUGGCAAGACGGCCGCGGACCUGCAGGAGCAGAUUGCCCAGGCCAAGUCUGAGCUCGCUUCAUCGACCGAGGCCAGCGCCGCCCUUGUCAAGAACAAGGAGGGCGAGAUCGAGGCCGCCAAGAGCGCGCUCGCUUCCGCAUCUGAGGCAUCCGACAAGGCCGCCGCGGACCUGCAGGCGCGCCUGUCUGGCGUUGAGGCCGACCUCGCUGCCCGCAACGAGCGCAUCGCCCAGCUCGAGGCCGAGCACGCCAAGGCUGUCGAGUCGCACGCGUCGGCGCUUUCCACCGCCGAGGGAACCAUCACCUCGCUCCGCGGUGACCUGUCGACCCGCGAGGCGGCGCACGCCUCGACCACCACCGAGCUCACCACCCUCCGCUCGCAGCUGGACACGCACACCUCGCAGCUCUCGGACGCGACCAGCACCACCGCCACGCUCGAGCAGGAGCUCGCGACGCGCGCCACGGCCCUCAAGGCGCGCGACGUCACCAUCCGCUCGCUCGAGGAGCGCCUUGCCACCAGCGCAGACGCGUUCACUGCCCUCCAGGCGUCGCUCGAUGUCAAGGAGAGCGAGGUGGUCGCGCGCGAGGCGGAGAUCAAGGAGAAGGACGAAAAGCUCGUCGGAUACGAGGACACGACGCGCAAGUCCCGCGUGACCAUUGGCAGUCUCGUGGUCACUGUUGCCGCGCUGGUGGGGCGUGCUGUCUUUGGCAUGUAA